GCGAGCAGCGACAGUUGAGCGACAGAAGGAAAUAAACUUUACGAUGGCGUCGCUCCAACGACCGAACGAUAUUUGUCGUCGUUUGUAGUGUGUCGUUUCAUUGACGGGAACCCUUUUAUUUAUUCUUGAGGACGUAGCGGGAAUUUUCGCGGAAUUCAGAUUCACUCAGAUGACAGAAAAAACGUAUUGAAAUCAUUUUUGAGAUGAUGCCGACAAUGCCACCGGAUUCUCACAAAAUUUCACUCAAAAUCAUUGAGGCGAUAAAACAACAUCCUGUUCUCUAUAUUAACGAUGUUAAAGGUAGCACUGUUAAGCUUCAAGAAUUCCGGCAAAAAGUGUGGAAACGGAUAUCCGAUGAGCUCAGUCUCGAUCCCUCUUGGAUGAGACUGAAAUGGAAAAACUUGCGAGACACCUACUGUCGUAUCCUGAAGUACAAAAACAAAACUGACAAAGGUGUGAGAAGAAAAAAAUGGAUAUUCGAGGAUCACUUGAGUUUUCUCAAAUUUCCAUACGAGCCGGAUUAUCAGCCUCAGUGUAUCGAACUGUCAGAUGAGUAUAUCGAGGAUAUAAAUAACGGAGGUAUAGUAGAUACUCAAGUACUGCUGGAGCAGCUUGAGGACAAAGAGGACGAUGAUUAUAGCGAGUACUUGGAAGUUCUGGAAGAAACUGCAGCGGAUCCUGUCCUUGACGAUACUGCAACUCCAGCAUAUCGUAAGGGUAGUAAGCGAAAAAAAUUGCGUCGAAUGUCGGAUAGUGAAAACAAAACAAAUCAGCAACCCGAGUUAGACGCAUAUGUGAAACAAAUAGAAUCGAAAUACCGAAAAAUUCGGCCAAAAAAUAUGCUAAGUGAAGAGUCAGCACCGCUGAAAAUUACGAAUAGUUUUAGUCUCUUGAAUACUCCAGAUUAUCAAUCGACAUCGUUGAAUGGCAUUAGCACGAUCGAUGCAACUUCAGUUUCACCGAUCAUUAUCACUAGUCCAUCCGUUGUCCCUGUUUCGAAAAGUCUUCCACAACCACCACCAUCAUCACCACCAUCGCCACCCCCACAAGAAACAACAACCAACGAUGAAACCAAAAAUAGUACAGAAUUAUUCUUUCAUAGUAUGGCACGAACAGUCAAGUUAUUACCUUUGAAAGCCCAAGUGGAAAUUAAAAUGGCUGUGUGCAAAAUAGUCACUGAGGCUGAGAUGAAGUAUUCUAAUGGAAAUGAGUACAAAAGUACUCAACGCUUUGUCACACCGCCGGGUAUGAUGCCCAAAUUAAUAUUAGUCCCGUGCAGCAUGAUCGAUAAACCAAUAGAUCGUGUUUCCUAAAAUUUUAAUGGAUUAUUGAAAUUAUAAUUUUCUUUCAGCAGUGCCUGAAAUUUUCGUUUCGUCUGGUCUAUGAAUUUAGCUUGAUUUUAAAAAAAAAAUUCGCGGGAAAAAUGUUUAACAACUCAAAUAACACAAAAUUUAUUGAUUUUCCUUCUUUAUAAUUUUCAUCAUUCAUGAAAUUGAUCAAUUUUUUUAGUAGAGUCGUUUGUUACAUUGAGAAACAUUUUUUUUCGGAAAUUGAUGAAAAUGGAAUCGUUUUGUUAGUAUUUUGUACAUAAUUUUGUAAACAUCGUUACAAUUUGGAAGCAUGCACAAACGUGCGGCAAGCCAAAUGUCGAAAUAUCGUUUUGCCAACUGUUCGAAACUUCAACGAUAACAUUUCAGUAAUUAAUUACGUGACAUUUGAAAAACAAAUGUUUUUGGAAUAAUCUUCAUCAAUUCGGUUGAACAAACUUGAGUGAUAAAAAAUGAUUAAUUGUCCAAGCUUUGAAAUUAUUGAUGAAUUUCUUGAUGCCGACUUCUUCAUAAGAUUGAGGUUUUUUCAGAAAAUAUUUUGCUUACAUUUCGAGCAAUAUUUAAGAAAUGUUGAAACCGUUUGUUCAUAAUGUAUAUAAAAAAUUUAUAUAUAAAAUUAAGUUACCAAACUUGGAAGGUUGGUGACUGCGUAUUGGAAAAUAUUUCCACGCGAGAAAAGGAUCAGGCAGAAUAGGAUUCGAAUCAUUAUCUUGUAAAUAUUGGAGUAGACCUGAAAAUCAUUCGUCCUAUUUUAAUAAUAAAUGUAUUUUUGUUGUAAUCGUUUCAAUAAAAUAUUCAGAAGGGUCGAAAUUCCAUUAA